ACCUCUCGUUUGAUCUGUGACUCCCAUCCCAUUUAACUAUUUUAUCUUCGAAUAGUCAGAUCGUUGUUUCAAUUUCAGUUUUCUCUGCCGGAAGGACGGAAAAACAAUAUUAGAUCCUCCGGUCAAAAAUAGUCUUCAACUUCAGAGUUUCUUUUACCGUUUGAUCCUUCUUUUUCUGUGAUUAGACUCCUGAGCAUCUUAAAUCAAAAGAAGAAAAAUGGAGGAGGCAAAAGAAGAAGUGGAGAAGAAGGUUACUACACUCUUGAAGUAUAUCCAAAACAAAAACAAGAUCCCAAAGGUUGCCAAGAAGGAGCUUGUUGGGAUCGUCAACGACCUUCACGAGCAGUGUCAGCUGCUUUACUCUUUAUAUCAUCAUGAUUUGGAGAGUGGUGGAAGAAAAGGAAAACCGGGUGCUGCUGCUGCUGCUUCUUCAUCGAGGUCUAGUUCGGACUUGGAUUACUUUUCUUCAGAGGAAACAGAGAUCAGCACCGGUAAUGUUAGUGAAACAUUGAGCUCAGAUUAUGCGGCGAUGCUCAGAAAGAUACAAGAGACAGAGUCAACAAAUGAAGAUUUGAAGAGACAGGUGAGCAGUCUCAAACAGGAAAUGGAACAGGCGGGUAAUGUCAUAGGCAAGAGAAACGAGGACAGGAACCAUUUGAUGACAAAAGGUGAAGUUGCAUUGUUGCGUAACCAGAAGGAUGAAUUAGCAUCGAAGCUGAAGAAGAAAACCGAUGAAGCUUCGGAGAUACAUAUGAAACUGAAGCGUUUGGAGGGAGAAAAAGAGAAGCGAGCUAAGGCCGAGCUGAAGAAUGUUGAAGAAAAGGAAGCUUUGAGGAACAAAGUUCAGAAACUUGACCAUCUUAGGGAAGAGAAUCACAAGAUGCAUGCAAGAAUUGCCGAUCUUGAUUCAUUACAAAAAGAGAGACAGAUGAAAAACAUUGAUGAAAUUGAAGAUAAGAGUAAGAAACAAGAACAUACCAUACACCGGCUAUCAAUGGAGAUCAAGGACCAAAAGAAACUUGUUAAAGAACAGAAAGACGUUAUUGACAAGUUCUCAGAGGAUCAGAAGCUAAUGAAACGUUGGUCAAUUGGUUCAAAGCUGAAUACCAAUCUUCUCGAGAGGAAAAUGGAGGAAUUAUCUGAAGAUUUCCAGAUGAAAAUGGAAGAUCGCAUCCGGAUACUGUACAGGAGGAUCCAUGUAGCCGAACAAAUACACUUGGAAAGCAAGAACAACUAUAUGAACACACAAACACAAGGAAACAGAGGAGAUUACACUGUCUCUGAAACCCAAUUCGAGAAAAUCAAAGAAAUGGUGGAUAAUGGGCUUGCUGGACCAGAGAUGAUAGUAAAAAAGCUUGAAGAAGGCGAUGAAUUAACGACCAAAGUCACAAGAUUAGCUAAAGAGAUUGAUUCAGCUAGAAAGUGGGUGUAUGAGAAGAACAGCAAGAUGAAGCAUGAGGUGGAAACUCUGGAAGCAAAGCUAGAGUGCAGUGAAGCACAAGAAACUCUGCUAAAGGAGAAGCUAUCGAAACUAGAGGGGAAGCUUGGAGAGGAAGGAACAGGGAAGAUGAGUGUAGAAAAGGCUAUGAGAAGAAUCAAAAAGCUUGAGAUUAAUGUGAAGGAGAGAGAUGUUGAGUUGAUGUGCUUGGGAGAAGAGAAGAGAGAAGCCAUAAGGCAACUCUGUGUCUUGGUUGAUUAUCAACGUUGUCGAUAUGAUGAUCUCAAAACAUCCAUUUGUAAGGUUGCCCUUCAAGCAUAA